GUCUCGACUCGACUCUAGAGUAUGCGGCCGGCGAGGUAGACGCUGGCAGCCCACAGUUGCCGCAACAGCACACAGUGCUGCGUCGCAUGUCGAGUCGUUCAGUUCAGUGUACGUUACGACGCCGCAGCGUGAGAAACAAAGAAAGAUCGUUUCGACUGUGUGGCCAGUGAAAUUCUCGUGAUUAGUGAAAAAACGAUCGGUUCUACAACUUUUAAUUAUACGUAAACCGCGUUUUAAGUGAGUUGACCCAUAAUGGUUAAUGACAUUAAACAUCACUCGGACUUGAGCAAUGAGAGAGACGAGAGCGACGACGACUUGGACUUUGCGUUUGAAGGAGAUUCUUUCAGGGAUUUUCUGAAACUAAAUACAGUGCGAGAAAAAGUCAAUUGGGAAAAUGAAAAAGAGCGACAACAAUUUUUUCGUCGACUAUAUCGUUCAGUCAAAGAUAAGAAGGAUUUAGAUUUUCUUGAUAUCUGGAACAUUUUUCGCCCAGAAGAGAUCGAUUGGCUUCUCAUCGAAGACGUAAAUAAUGACGAGAACGCAGGUUUACUCAUCAAGCUCGUGGCUCGCAGCGGCUACAAGGACAGGCCCGAACUAAACGAGGACGGCGAGCCAAUAUUGCGUCGCACCACUGCAGUGCAUCAUGCGGCUAGGCUCAAUUACUUCUACCUCAUCCAUGAUCUGUUCGAAAUUUACGACAGAUUCGAUGUGAACUACAUCGACGAAUUUGGAUUAACGCAUUUUCACGCGGCCUGUAAGUUUAACUAUUUGGACAAGGUCGCUCAAUUCCUCGUACUGGGGCAAGAUCCCAAUGUCACCUGGACAGAAACAGGUGAUUCGCCCCUACAUUUGGCUCUGAAAAAUAGCGUCUACAAGAAGUUGUUCGAAUUGAUGCUGAAAAGUGGCGCUGAUCCUAAUUUGACCAACAAGGACGGAUUGACUCCUCUGCAUGCAUUGUGUGAGGAUAGUCAUGGCGUUGACUCAAUGAAGAUGCUAUUUAAGAUCAGCGAUGAAAAACAUCGCACGGUACAGAUCGAUGCCAUCGACAAGAAUGGUCGGACGCCACUGCACUUAGCUGCGGACAAAGUAUGGAAUACGGAAAAGGUCAAAUGUCUGCUAAGAAGAGGCGCUAAUUCGAACGUGGCCGACACCGAUGGAUUGACUCCUUUGCACGUUAUUUGCAAGAAGUGUUCUUUGAACAUUGAUAUGUUCAAUAUAUUUUUCGAGAUCAACGACGAAGUAAAUCAGCUGGUUCAGAUCAACGUCAUGGACAAGUUAGGCCGGACCCCACUGCAAUGGGCCGUGGCGAAUCUCAUGCCAGAUAUGGUUGAAUUUCUCUUGAAUCGUGGCGCUGAUUUAUCUAGUUUUGUUUUUCCCACCGAGGAUUACUUUGCCGUUAGAUUUAACAAUCCUGACUGUGAAAUUGUACUACAUAUUUAUUUAAAACUAGCGUCAAACGCUCUGGUCAUUGUUGAGCACCUCGAAAAAAGAGGAUACAAACUGAACCGCACCGAUGCCUUGACAAUCAUGCAUACAUUCAGUAAAUACAAAAUAUUCGACUGUGACUAUUUCGACAGUCAUGGUCUUGCCAGAAUUAGCUUCAACAAAGAGGAGUUCGUUCGCGACGCGAAAACUUUGAUGGUGAUUCCAACCCUCUCACUUUACGAUUUGGUUCAAUUAAAACCAGAGGAGGCGCAAAAACUGCUCACGUACGCGGACUACUCGAAGCUCGCGGACUCGACGGAAUGGUCGCGUUUUCCCGAUCGCCGUAUCUGUCUUACGCGCCUGAUGGAGUUGAUGACGAGAGGAUUUUGUCGGCGAUGGGCCCUGCAAUCUUUCAUGGAGAUGACGCGCAACAAGUUCCCGAUUUCUUGGUGUGAGAAUUUCAUCGAUCCGUUGGCGAACAAGGAUUUGUAUUACGUUUGUCUGCAGGCCAUCGAAAUAAGAGAUGAACUUGAUUAAAAUUAAAGAUUUUUGUGUCCGUUACAUCAGUUGCCAAAAUUAAUGCAAUAAAAUGCAAGCAUAUUGAUAAAUAAUUUUUUUUUUUUUUUUUAAAUAGAUCUGAUGUUUUAAUAUGCAACGGACGUUUUACUUUUUUUUUUGAAAAAUUAAUAAAUCAAUUAUUUGUAAAGACAAGUCCUUUUAUUUUUCCUCACAAAUAACUCUUUCCUCGCGAUAGAAAAACGUCAUCUGUCAUACUAGCAAUAGUUAGUCUACGAGUAUUAUAUGAUAUAAUAAUUUCUAAACAGCUGCAAAAAGAUGCAAAUAUUCAGUGACCAAUGAAAUAACUAUUUUACAAAGCUCGCUUAUGCACAAAAGCAAAACCACAGACAAAUUAUAUUUUAAUUCACGCACUCGACGAAAAAAGCAUUUGAUUUGAAUAAAGAGAGUAAGAGAAGUCUAAC